GUGCUGAUACUGUACCACUGAUAGCACUGGUGCUGGUGGUACUGGUGGUGCUGGUGAUUUGAGCAUUUGCUGCCUUCUACUAUGUGAUGAAGCUUAACGAAGUCACACCCAAGUCUGCUUUGUACCCAGAACAGUGCCAGGGGGCAGUGUGGGUCAAAGCACUUCUUUUGAUUCUCUCAUAACAUAGGCAGAAAGAUAAGCUUCCCAGGAGGAAAGAGUUUUACCAUUGCCCCUCAUAAGGUGGAAAUAGCUGGUGUCCAUUCAAGCCCCUGCUCACACAUUCAGAAGGCACUUCGUAGGAACUCCCUCCCCUCCUUUGCUUCUGAGUCCCAGACCAGCAGUGAGAUUCUGCCCUUUGAAAUAUUUAUAACAUUCAAUUCACCAUAAAACACUUUGUAAAUGUAAGUGCUGUAAGUGGCACAAAUUAUAUCAGUAGCUUUUUGAGAAAUGAGGGGAAAAGGAAAAUGAAUUUAAGGGAAUGGGAUCCAGUGAGCCAACCUUGCUAUUUUCAAACCAUAAUAAAAGGCCGUAGAUCUGCAUUUUGUAAUUUCAGAAAUGACUAAUGCUUGGACUAUUUUUGAGCAUUGUAAGAGUGGCUUCAUCCCAGUAUAAAUCGUUCUUUCUACAUUGCACAGAUUAUGUUGCUUUUUAAAUCAAUAUUUUUAUUUCAUAGUAAUUUUGUUUCCAGGUCUAAAAAUCCUGAAAUUCCUUUCUUAAGGGGGUCCCUUUGUAUCAGCCACUGAGGAAGUCAUUGACACCUAACUGGCUUCUCCCAGCACCCACUACGUAGGCUACCCUCUCCCCAGUCCUGCAGGAGAGGCCCCUUGCUCACAAAUGCACAGGGGCCAGAAUUUUUCAUUGUUGGAAAUUCUCCUCACCUUGUGUAGAUACUAUCUCCAUCCAAUCAUCACUCCUUUGUUCUGCUGUUUGGAGCCCCCAGAAUAAAUCUACUUUUUGUAUCCUUCAUGUAUUGAGGAUGGUCACGCCCCUACCCCCACCCUCAAAUGAUUUCUUCCUCAUUGGACAGGAUUCCUGGAUGUCACCCUCCUGGUUACCUACUCCACUAGGUAGACUAGUACACAGACCAUCUAUUCUCCUGAGUCUCCACCACCUUGUUCAUAAUACUGUAUUUCUGAUAAUGAAUCCUAAAAUUAAGUUUGUUAAUUUGUUUUUGGCACCCAUAUCACACCAGUGUCUCAUAUUGAUUUAUAAACAAACCAAAACUCCAGACCAGUUGCUUUUUGAGCCUAAGUGCAAGAUGUAACAUGCUUCUCUGAAAUGUUGUCUUUUUUCCUUUGGGCUCAUUCUUUCCAGAUCCAGAUAUCUUUUGGAAUUCUGAUUCUGUCCAGUGGGUCUUAUCUAAAGCAUUCAUCUCUCCUAGCACGGUGUCCUUGGAUGACUUGAAAAGCCUGCCUGGUAGAUUGCUGAUGUAUUUACCUAGGCCCAGGACUCUGAAGAGGGUGACAAAUCCCUCAUAACGAGUUAGCCAAAUGCAUGCUGGCAGCCAACGGACUCAAGGCUCCUUAGAGAAGGCAGAAGGGUCUGGCUGUCAGAGGGUGCCACAGCUGCUGGGGUGGAGAAUCUGCUGGGGUGGAGGAUUGGAGGAGUUUUGGUUUGGCCAUUGACAUGUAAAUGUCAGAGGGGCCUGAGGCUGUUCCCCAGUGGACCCUCCCGCUUUCCCACACAAAGCCCUGGUUCUGUGAGGGCCACAGCUUUGCCUUUGUGAGGCCCAGGCUGUCCCAGCUGCAGAGGGAAGUCCCUGUCCCGAAGAUGGCAUAUUCAUAAAGAUACCUUCUGAUGAUUGUGAACAUCUUUACCUGUGGGUGCCAGGCCGGGCCAGUGACUUCGUGUUGAGCUGAAGGAACUUGUCUACCGCUUCCCUGAAAACCUUUCUUUCCUAAUUCAUGAGCCAGCAAGAUGCAGUCGCUGCACUUUCAGAGCGCCUUCUCAUAGCUGCGUACAAAGGCCAAACAGAGAAUGUGGUUCAGCUCAUCAACAAGGGCGCCAAGGUAGCGGUUACCAAGCAUGGCCGGACUCCCCUGCAUCUUGCUGCCAAUAAGGGCCAUCUUCCUGUGGUCCAGAUCUUGCUGAAGGCUGGCUGCGACCUCGAUGUCCAGGAUGAUAUACCGAUCUUUAUGGCAUGUUCUUUAUAUUAUGCAACUCCAGGAGCAAAUUCUCUCUUGCUUCCCGCCAAUCCUGUCAACUCUCAUUGGAGCGCUGAUGCCAUCUCUGAUUGGUCAAUGAGCAAUCACAUAGCCCCCGCCUCAGAAAUAGUCCAGGAUGCUGUGGCCGCAGUGAAAGCCAUGAAAGAAGAUAAAAAUAAGAAAAACCACAGAGGGAAGGUUAGGAAGGACCCUAGAAGAUCAGAAAGAGAAAAAGAGGGGGACCAGACCGCCUUGCACCGGGCCACAGUGGUCGGGAACACAGAGAUCAUCGCGGCACUCAUCCACGAGGGGUGUGCCCUGGACAGACAAGACAAGGAUGGGAAUACAGCCUUGCAUGAAGCAUCCUGGCAUGGUUUCAGCCAGUCAGCCAAGCUGCUUGUUAAAGCAGGAGCCAACGUGCUUGCCAAGAACAAGGCGGGGAACACGGCUCUGCACCUGGCCUGCCAGAACAGCCACUCCCAGAGCACGCGCGUCCUCCUGCUGGCCGGGUCCCGCGCUGACCUCAAAAAUAAUGCAGGAGACACCUGUUUGCACGUUGCUGCGCGCUAUAAUCACUUGUCCAUCAUUAGGCUCCUCCUCAGUGCUUUCUGUUCUGUCCAUGAAAAGAACCAGGCUGGAGACACAGCACUUCACAUUGCUGCUGCCCUAAAUCACAAGAAGGUGGCCAAAAUCUUACUGGAAGCCGGAGCAGAUACGACCAUUGUUAACAAUGCAGGCCAGACUCCGCUGGAGACUGCCCGCUGCCACAAUAACCCGGAAGUUGCUCUUCUCCUUACUAAAGCUCCCCAGGUCUUGCGCUUCAGUCGUGGGCGAAGCCUGAGGAAAAAGAGAGAGAGGCUCAAGGAAGAGAGGAGAGCCCAGUCUGUGCCAAGAGAUGAGGUGGCCCAAAGCAAGGGCAGUGUCUCAGCAGGAGACACCCCCAGCAGUGAACAAGCUGUGGCCAGAAAAGAAGCCAGAGAAGAGUUCCUGUCAGCCUCCCCAGAACCCAGAGCAAAGGAUGACAGGAGGAGAAAGUCAAGGCCCAAGGUAUCAGCAUUUUCUGACCCCACCCCACCAGCCGACCAACAGCCUGGACACCAGAAGAACCUGCAUGCUCAUAAUCACCCUAAAAAGAGGAACAGGCAUCGGUGUUCAUCCCCGCCCCCACCCCAUGAGUUCAGGGCAUACCAGCUCUACACAUUGUACCGGGGCAAGGAUGGGAAAGUGAUGCAGGCACCAAUAAAUGGUUGUCGAUGUGAACCUCUAAUCAACAAGCUGGAGAAUCAGUUGGAGGCUACUGUGGAGGAGAUAAAAGCAGAGCUGGGAUCGGUUCAGGACAAAAUGAAUACAAAGCUGGGGCAGAUGGAGAAUAAGACCCAGCACCAAAUGCGUGUUUUGGACAAGCUGAUGGUUGAGCGACUCUCUGCAGAGAGGACAGAGUGCCUGAACCGCCUGCAACAGCACUCAGACGCGGAGAAGCAUGAAGGGGAGAAACGGCAGAUCUCCUUGGUGGAUGAAUUAAAAACUUGGUGCAUGUUAAAGAUUCAGAAUCUGGAGCAGAAGCUUUCUGGAGAUUCUAGGGCCUGCAGAGCUAAAUCCACACCAUCUACUUGCGAGUCCUCUACAGGUGUGGAUCAAUCAGUGGUGACUGCAGGUCCAGCAGCAGCUUCUGACAGCUCCCCUCCAGUGGUUAGGCCCAAAGAAAAGGCCCUCAACUCCACUGCUACCCAGAGACUGCAACAGGAGCUGUCGUCUUCUGACUGUACAGGCUCCCGACUGAGGAACGUCAAGGUCCAGACAGCCUUGCUACCCAUGAAUGAGGCAGCCAGAUCUGAUCACCAGGCUGGGCCCUGCGUCAACAGAGGCACUCAAACUAAGAAGUCGGGGAAGAGUGGGCCAACAAGGCAUCGUGCCCAGCAACCCACAGCCAGCAGCACCUGUGGGCAGCCGCCACCAGCAGCAGGCGGCGAGCAGACUGGCCCUCACAUUCGGGACACCUCCCAAGCUCUGGAGCUUACCCAGUAUUUUUUUGAGGCUGUUUCUACCCAGAUGGAAAAGUGGUAUGAAAGGAAGAUUGAAGAAGCACGCAGCCAAGCCAAUCAGAAAGCCCAGCAAGACAAGGCUACAUUGAAGGAACACAUUAAAAGUUUAGAAGAGGAACUUGCCAAACUAAGGACUAGGGUGCAGAAGGAAAAUUAGCACCAAUAAAGAGGAAACACGAAAGGAUUCUUGAAGAUUUCGUUUUGCAACUGCAUAAUAGCUAUGCCCAAGGAGUCAUCUAUUGUAUAUAUUGCAGAUUGGCCUUUUUAAAGAAAAAUCACUAAUUCUACAAUGUGCCAGGUACAUGUUUCCUAUGCCCGGAAGUUAUGAAGACCUCAACAAUUAAACUGAAACCAGGGGAAGCUUGCUUAGUUUUGGGUUUCAUUAUAAACUCUUAGCCUUAGUCCAGGUUAAUCUGAAGUUUGAAAGCUCAGAUUAAGCAAGCCAUGCCAAGAAACUAGAUGAUGUGUAAGCCUAGACUCUAAAAUUCAAGAUGUGUGAAAUAAUGUAAGUCAAAAGCAAGAAAAACUUAAUCCCGUCUGAACUCAAGUAGUCAUUCAUAUAAAUUUGAACACACCUGCUGUGCCUAGACAAGUGUCUUUCUGUAAGAGAGCUGUCACUCUGAGACGUGCCAAAUAAACCCUCUUUCUCAAAUGUGUAAUUCUCCAACUGUUGACAUUUUAAUCCAUGAAAAGUUACUAGAUUUUUGAGGAGAAAUAUUUUCAUGAUGUCACAAGAUCCAGUAUAUCUUAUGAUAAAAUUUAUUGAAAAGUCAGUUUAUUUAAAUAAUGAGUAAUUGGCUAACAGCUCUGGAAACAAUGAGAUCAAAUGAGAAAGAUUCAAAUUGUUUGAUAUUUUCUGUAUUUUCAGUCAAAAAAUCAGUUAUAGUGAUUUUAAAGCAGAUUAAUGGAAAAAACAUUCAUGUAACAAUUACCUGAAGAUUUAUAACCUAUUCUUAAACCCAAUUAUAUCAGAAUACCUUUCUGAAUUUGAGAUUAUUGCUCUACAUUUUAUAAAGUAUAAGGCUAUUUUUCGAAAGUAUUUCAUUUUGAAUUGUCAUUAAAGAACCUCAAAAGCUUUCUACUGCUUUGCAGUGACUAUGUCAAGGCAAAAUAUUCAAUAACUCAACUUAGGCCCCACUGUUCCCCAGCUUCAUGGAGACCUGAAGACUUUACUUUGCUCCAUAAUGAAAUAUAAACGCAGAAACAAAGUUGUACAAGUAGCUUGGAUAUGUUGAAACUUUGGACAAGCUUCUUGUCCUUUGGAAUAUGGGAUUUAUAUUCAUCUCCUCAAUAUCCCAUGUAUGCAUAGAAACUUCAAUUCUAUUUCUGUAGACACAGGAACCUAGUGACUACUGAAUGUAAUUGUGAAUACAAUGCUGCUCGUUGAGCCAAAGAGAAGAAAUGACAUAUUAACAUGGGGACACCAAGAAAAACAAAGUAUGCUUUUAUUCCCUUUGUCGAGCUCACAGUUUUGGGUUUUGGUUUUUUUUUUAAAUAAUGACAAUCCAUAGAUAUAGACAUUCCUAAAAGAAAAAAUAUAUAAUUCAGUACAUAUAUGUCACUGUUACAGACCUGAAUAUGGAAUGAAUUUGAUGUUUUUGUUUGAUUUUGUUGAGAUAGGGUCUUGCUCUGUCACCCAGACUGGAGUGCAGUGGCAUGAUCACACCUCACUGCAGCCUUGGCCUCUCAGGCUCAAGCGAUCCUCCUGCCUCAACCUCGCAAGUAGCUGGGACUACAGGCGUGUGCCACCAGUCCCGGUUAAUUUUUUGUAGAUAUGGGGUCUCAAUAUAUUGCCCAGGCUGAAUUUGAUGUUAUUUCAAGUUGAUUUUCUUGUGUUUGAGAGCUUGUCUUGUUCUCAACUACUACGCAGGUAGACAGUCUUCCCCCAGAGACUCACUAGAUUGCAAUAUAGAGGCACUCUCUCAUUUCCCUGUUGUUCCUAAUACAGAAUUGUAGAGCUGGAGAGUACCUUCAGUUUUCUAAAUCUAUUCUCAAACAGGAUAUCACUAACCUCUUUAGAAUCAUUCCUCAGUAUACAUAUCAAUUUAUUGAGAACUGCCUAAUACUCAAAAGAAAUGAAAUCCCGAGUUCAGUAAGCUGUGUUCCAAGCCACAAUUAUUUUCACUUACCAAAAUAUCUCCUGUUACCUCAAGGUAUCCUUGUUGAGGAAUGCUGAAAACUAAAUUUUAAGUAUAAAGUCUAGACCAUAGAGUGCUUUGGUGGGAGUAUUUUGAUUAUAUACCUCCUGCCUAUCAGAAGCAGGCAGCUAAUAUUGUGGACUGAGUAUUUUUGUCAAAAGUCACAGGGAAGAGACUACAGAAGAAUGAGAAAGGUCAAAUGGACCUAGUGUGGCUGACCACAUGGAUCUUGUCUCUUGGAGGUCUGUUGUAGAAGAGAAAACACAUAGAGGUGAAGACACAGAACAGGCUCAGUCAGCAUCCUUACCCAGAGAUGGCAACAUCUAUUAAGACCAAUGCAAUACCUUUUCAUCUUCAACAAAUGUUGUUUCGUCUGUUUUUGAUCCUUGGCAUUGUCAAAAACUUAGCUGCAGGUCCAGUGUAUAUUUUUCCUUAUUUUUCCCUUUUAGCUAUGUGCUAAAAUGAGUAAAUGCCACAACUGUACUUUUCCAAAGAAACAGAACUAUUGACAAUUUAUAGCCUGUCAUGCAGGUCAUGUUUCAAAUCAAGGCUGAAAUUUUCAACAGCUAUGGGAAAAACUAAUGUAAAACAGAAACAUUGUACAAUAUUAGUGUUUUUUAAAAGAAACUGUUAGUGCAUUAUUGAGUAUACUAAAUAUCUGUGAAAGAUUAAAUGUAUUAGUUCUAAUCUUACUUUUGAUUUCGGGAGCCCAAAAUAAAGGAAGUGUUAUUUUCAUGGUUA